CCCCGAGGGCACAGCGGCAUCCUUGGCAUGGCAGGGUCCAGUUCUAAAUCUGUUCUAAAGCCCCUGCCAGCGUCUGCUACCCACACAGGGGCGGCCUGCUGACCUACACCACGGCCUGCCCCCCUCCUGCCUGGCUGACCUACACCACGGCCUUUGCCACGCUGGGCGCUAGUGAUCUGAAAAGCAUCUGAGCAGGAGAGAAGAAAAAAAAGCAGCUGUCGACGGCCCAGUGAGCUCAGCUGGCUUCAUGUGCAGAGGUUAAUGUCAUCGCCACUCCCGAGGCCACUCAGGUCACUCCCGGGGCCACUCAGGUCACUCCCGAGGCCACUCCUUUCCUGGUAGUCACGAAUCAUCAUCACACCACAGGGGGGCGCUGCUGCUGUUGAACAUGACUCAUGGGGAGGACGCUGGCCCUGAGACACACCAGGAUUCAGCCGUUCUGACCUAUCUGGAAGGAUUACUAAUGCAUCCUGUGGCCACUGGGCCCGGCGCCACGGCAACCAGGAGAUCGGACGCUGACCGCAACGGCGAUGAGGAACGACUGAACCAUGUAGCGGCGGCGGCAGCUCAAGGCCCGACGCUGGCCAAUCACGGCCCUGCGGUGAGAGAGAAGGCCAGCCCCCCAGGAGGAGGAGCCAGUCAGCAUCUCAAGAAGGCCAGGCUCCUACGGUCAGGGGCCUGGCAGGAGGCAGAGGACAACCGGAGGAAGGCCCUAUCAUCGGCAAGCCUGAAUGGGCAUCUGGGAGGGGGACAGCAGCAGCAAAGGUCCGGGCAGGAUGGGCCUCCACUGGGGGAGAGCACGCUGCUCGCCUCCCUCCUGACCACCUUCAGCUCCAGGCUGCAGGGCGUGGCCAUGGCCCAGCAGCCGGAAGCACAGAACGGUGGUGGCAAGUCCCCGGACGCAUCGCGGCACGAUGCCUUUGAAGCCUACGGCACAGCCUCCAACCGCCUCAAGGGCCUGGUGAGGAAGAGUAAGAGCCAAAGCCACGAGAGUUAUGACAGCCGGCGAGCCAGCCAGGAGCGCCUCUCAGAGUCGCCCUGCUCCAACGUGAGUGCCGCGGCACAACUCAGCCCUUCCAACUCUGCCGUGUCCUGCGCCGAGCGACUGAAGGCCGUGGCGAACCUGGUGAAAACGCGAUCGAGCCCCGCCCCCUCGCCGCGACCCAGCAUGGCCUGCAGCCAGCUGGCUCUGCUCCUUUCCAGCGAGGCCCACCUGAAGCAGUACUCCAGGGAGCAGGUCCUCAAAGCACAACUGGCAGGACAGUCGGCCAGCGAGAGACUGGCAGCCAUCGCCUCGCAGAAAUCCUCACAGGACAGGAAGCCGGCGAGCAUUGGAGAGACCCGGAUGGUCUCGGAGGCUGAGAGCUCUAUGAACAGCCAGAGCAGAACCUCUCCCCUUGCGUCGGCAAGCUCAACUAAGGGCAGCCCUGCUCCAAGCUUGGCACUCAGCAGCAGCAGCAGCAGCAGCAGUGUGGUCUCACCUCACGCCAGCUCACAGCCCCAGAGGGACAGGAGCAGCUCCAGACCCCCACAGAACUGCAGCAGCCUCCUGCUGCUCCUUCUCAACAACCACAACUCCCACAAGCAGCUCACCAGGAGCGGGCACCUGGAGGAGCAGCAGGAGGAGCGUGAGGAGGAGGAGGAGCGCAUCCCGCCCAGCCGGACGCCCUCUCUCCUGCUGGACCACCGGAUUCAAUCGGACCAGUACCGCAGCCCGACCAAAUCCAGCAGCGAUGUGGAGAGCUACUACUCCAGCUGCUCUCCCAUCGACCUGUCCAUGCACACCAGAGCGCCCAGCCACGAACCAGCCCCCCCCUGCACCUCCUCCUCCUCCUCCUCGCCCUCUUGCCCGCUGGAUAAGCUCACAGAGACUCUGUUAAACAGGUGGAAGCCAGACACUCCGGGACCAAAGGUCUCUGCGGCCGGGGAACUGGGACCAAAGGUCUCUGCGGCCGGGGAACUGGGACCAAAGGUCUCUGCGGCCGGGGAACCGGGACCAAAGGUCUCUGCGGCCGGGGAACUGCAUGUUAGCCCAGACACCAAACCCCAUCAUAAGGUCACUCUCAUGCAGUUACUGUUGGGCCGCCAAAACAAUGAGAAGGUAAACAAAAUCGGAGAUAAUCCAGAUUUGCGGCGUGACGCAACCCUCAACAUCCUGCCCACAGACCCACUUAAACUGAUUGGCAGCACGUAUGAGGAGAGCCUCAGACAAAGCCCUGCUGACUGCCGCAUUGGUGUUGGUCGCGCCAUGACCAGAUCCUCCCUGAACGAAGACGCAAGUGGCAGUCAGUCUCCGUACGCUUUCUCCUCCCCCCAAGUCCAGUCCAGUCCUCUGGAUCUGUGUAAAGCCAAUAACAGCUCCAGUGAAAAGGCCACCGGUUUCAGCGCCAGUAAACUGCUGCAGAACUUGGCACAGUGUGGUCUAACGAACAGCUCCCCCUCUCCACCACCACUGAUCCGGAGGCCCACCAAGCUUCCGAGUCCUAGCCUGGUGCCCACCAAGCGUCCAAGUCCUAGCCUGGUGCCCAGUAAGCCCUCUGCUUUACUGGAGUGUCUGAGCCCUCCUCCGGCACAGAGGAACGGCAGUCCGGUAGUAGAGCCGCCUCCGCGUUGCAGUUUCACGCCGCACAGACGAGAGUCGCCUGAAUCGCCAGCAGCGUCACAGAUCGAGAGUCUGCUCGAGAGGCGGACGGUGCUGCAGCUGUUGUUGGGCUCGCCGUCUCACGCGGAGCAACCCAGCGGCAGGAGAAGCACAGAGGACCAGCCGAGCUUUCGCUCCCCCGACGUCCGUGACGGCUCGCACGGGCCCUCGAUGGAUAUCAAGAUCAAAACAGAGCCCAAAGAAGAUAGCCCGUUUCCAAACCCCUUCCAUAUUGACACUGGGCUCCAACACUGGGCCCAUGGACGCCACGAGAGACACAGGCCCCUCUUUGAGCAUCAGGGCGACGUUAAAUCUGAGCCGUGUCCCGACGAUAUUGUCUCUAAAUACGGCCUCCUCAGUCAGCUCUUGAAACAGCAGACCAGCACCUACAACCCUGGCGCGCCCUCGGACUAUGACCCCAGAGCGCUGACCAGCACCUACAACCCUGGUACGCCCGCGGACUACGACCCCAGAGCGCUGAAGCAGGAACAGCAGGAUCAUCGUGUGGGCCCCAGCCCUAAGAGAAGGAGACUCUGUAUGGAAUUGGCGGAGCAGCUGACCAGCGAGCUCAGCUCGGGCCCGGUGGACUCCUACGUGGGACUCGGUGGCAAGCUGCUGCUGAGUCCAGAGCAGGAGGAAUCCCCAGCGAGGAGUCCCGUCAGCAAGGUGCUUCCACGAGACCACCAGGGCUUCAACGUGCUCAAACAGCUCUUGCUGUCAGACAACUGUCUGAAGGGCUUGUCUCAGGGCAGUGGGCUGUCCAGCCCCAGUGAAACGCACACCAAGGUCAACGGGAGCCUCCCUCCGCACCAGCUACACUUCAACCACAAACUCUCUCAGUUGCCAUGGCAGCGUGCAUCUCCGAGCCCCAGGUCCGCCGGCAGCGCUGCCCACUGGCCGACGAACGGCUGCAGCGGCUUUCACGAGUCGCCGAGGAACAAUGCUGCCGCCCAGACAACAACAACAUUAACAAGAACAACAACAAGAAGCCCUGGGUCUGUGAAGCAGGAGUGCCAGAGCCCAGCCGGCCCCGACUCUCCUCGACUGACCAGAGCUAACCCCAUCCUCUACUACAUGCUCCAGCGGGGCAAAGGGCAGGUGAGGAGGGCGAGCGGGGAUCAGGGGCAGGUGAUGGCGCACUGUGAGAUUAACAUCAAAGAGGAGCCAGCAACAGAUGAGGACCCCAGCCAGUACGACCACAGACUGAGCUCUCUGCAGUAGCAGUCAGAUCCACGCGCUUGCAAAGCCGCUGAAGAGCUGGACCCCGGACACGGGGCACAUGAGAGGGUCACUGCUCUAUUAUUACUUUCUUUUUCUCUUUGUUUCUCUCCCUCUCUGUUCUUCUUUUGAUUUACUGGAUCCAAAGUUUCAUUAUAUGACCAAUACAGCCAAAUCCAAACCUUUUCAAUUCAAAACGAAUAUUUUGUAUCUCAUUGUCAUAGAUUUUGCAAUUUUAUGAUCGUCUAAAUGGGGAGCUACCAAAUUAUAUUUGUUACUGUUAUUAUUAUUAGUUAAUUUCAUGAUCGUCUAAAUGAGUAGGUACCAAAUUAUAUUUGUUAUUGUGAUUAUUAUUAGUUGAGCCGGUGACCUCAAUUGUGUAUCCUGAAAUAUUUUCUUGUUGCAUUUCAUUUCUCUUCCUCAUAUUCUGUGAACUAUGGAAAAGGGCAAAAAUAUUUGACAUGAAAAACGAAACUUUUUCUGAACUAAACUAUUUCUAUAACAUCCACUUUCUUAUUGGUUUAGAUCCCAUUCAGGGCAUUCCACCUUUUUACAAGUAAGGGAAAUCUAAACAAUAUUGCAAUGUGAAGCACAACACAACAAACAAACAAACAAACAAACAUGUGAGGCAUUACUGUCAUUCAUCCCCAGGGCAGAAAAGAUAACAAUAUAUUUACAUUAUAUUUAACAAUAACAAUAUAUUUACAUUGUUUUAUACAGAAUCAGGCCCGUGAUCUCAGUUUUAUCAAUUCAAGUAUUUAUUUAUUUCCAACACCUUUGAAGAUCCCCCACAUGACUCUCCUAUUUUCCAACAAAUUAUUCAGUAGAGGACUCCAUGUUUGCAUGUGAUGACAGUUUGACCUGCAAUUGCAGAGUAACUGUGUGGAGGAGGUCAGUUUCAACCAUUUCUGUAUCAUGAAUACGUCAAAGACGUAUAGAGUUCUUGAGCAGUUUUUUUUUUAAAAGAAGGAAAAAGAAACAGUAGUUGUUUUGUACUUUGUUUAAAAUAUGAAGCAGCUUGAAUGCGUUGGGCUUUUGUAUACUGUACACACUCACUCAGAGAGCGUAACUUCAGAGGGCCAGGUUUGGCAUUACGCAUCAGCUGAGUUCCCUCGGCCCAUCAAACGCCUCAAGUUAAAUGUCAUUUGUCCUUGAAUGAUGGUGACCUUGGGCUCUGCUACUGUUUUGGCAUACCUGCAGUAAGCUUUCUUAAGGUAUUAAGUCAAUCAUUUUUGGUCAAUUUGUUGGUUCAUUGGUUGGUUCGUUGUGUGUCUCUGUGCGUGUGUGCAUGCAUGUGUGUGUGUGUGUGUGUGUGUGUGUGUGUGUGUGUGUGUGUGUGUGGUUGUGUGCAUGUGGUGUUUGUUGGCGUGUGAGUCCCUGUGUGCAUGUAUGUAUACUGUAUACGAGUUUGUGCACAUUAAACCCAUCCAGGUAUGUUCAUGCAGUCUUAAGGUGAUCUUUUGAAAUGUACAGAAAAAAAAGGUACAUAUAACUCCAUAUGUCUUUAAACCAUUGAACAUGAAAGACAAUUAUUUUGUAUGGUUCAAAAGUAAAAAAAAAAAUAUAUAUUGCCCUAGUUUUUAAAUGCCCUAUGAUGUACAGGAAACGUAUUCUGUUCAAUAUGUACAUAUCAUGGUGGAGAAUGGCUGUUUUUUGUUCAAUAUGUACAUAUCAUGGUGGAGAAUGGCUGUUUUUUGUUCAAUAUGUACAUAUCAUGGUGGAGGAUGGCUGUUUUUUGCAUGUGUCUAUAUUGUUAGCUGAUGAAAAUCUUUAUUCUGCAACCUGUGGUGAUAAGUCCAAUUGCUAUACACUGCUGCCUACUGCAUGUUUCUGCAUGGAAGGGAUCUGUGUAUCAACACUGGGAUGGGGUACUGCUGGGUCUUGAAAUCAAAUAAAUGUUUUAUCCUGGGCAGGUUGUUAUUUCAAACAGCUACGGUCUGUUUGAUACAAUCAUUGACUUUCAAAUGACUAUGUGACUUUAUCAUUAUAUGUGUUUGUGUGUGAGAGAGAGAAAGAGAGAGUGCGUCUGUGUGCACGUACAUGUGUGUGUGUGUUUCAAAGUGGAGCUCUGUUACUUUAUCAUUUGUUUCAAUCGAGCCACUAUUCAGUCGGAAUUAUGGUGGCCUGCACUGUGCAUUAAAGACUUUUUUUAGUUUGCAAAUAACAUUUCAAUUUCAAUGAGACAACCAGAAAUACUGUUUCUUUUUUUUUAAUGUCAUUUUGGGUGUUUAUUUGCACUGACAACCUAAAUAAAGAAAUAAAAUGGAUACAAACCA